GGUUGUAUAUAUAGAGAGAAAGAGGUGUUUCCAUCAUCUGUAAACCUAACUUCACCUCAAUAGAGAAAGAGCUUAAAGAUCUCAGCUGGUGCUGGUGGUGGUGGAAGAAGGCUAGAUUCUUAGCUCUUCAGAUCUUCUUGUUGGGAACUCAAGAUGGGAGCGGGUGGGCGUAUGUCGAGCCAAACAACAGCAACCAAGUUCGAGAACUCGAACCAACAACCAUCUCAAAAGAGAGUUCCCCAUGAGAAGCCUCCAUUUACUCUAAGCGAUCUUAAGAAAGCCAUCCCACCCCAUUGCUUUCAUCGCUCCCUCAUUCGGUCUUUCUCUUACGUUGUUUAUGAUCUCGCCAUCGCAUCCUUUUUCUACUAUCUCGCUUCCACCUACAUACACCUCCUUCCACAGUACUUACAGUUCGUCGCAUGGCCUAUGUAUUGGGCUUGUCAGGGCUGCGUUCUAACCGGUGUAUGGGUCAUCGCUCACGAAUGCGGUCAUCACGCGUUUAGCGAUUACCAAUGGAUAGAUGACACUGUCGGUCUCAUCCUUCACUCGGCCCUAUUGGUCCCAUACUUCUCAUGGAAGUAUAGCCACCGCCGCCACCACUCCAACACGGGGUCCCUCGAGCGCGACGAGGUCUUCGUUCCCAAACACAAAUCUGAACUCGCUUGGUUCUCGAAAUACCUAAACAACCCUGUUGGCCGUCUCCUCACCUUGAUAAUCACCCUGACUCUAGGAUGGCCGUUAUACCUGUGCUUCAACGUGUCGGGCCGUCCCUAUGACCGCCUCGCAUGCCACUUCGACCCUCAGUCCCCGAUCUACAACGACCGCGAGAGGCUUCAGAUAUACAUCUCCGACGUGGGGAUAGUCUCCGCGUGUUUCAUCCUGUACAGGGUCGCCGCGGCGAAGGGACUCGUUUGGUUGGCGUGCAUUUACGGCGUGCCAUUGUUGAUUGUUAACGGGUUUCUCGUGACGAUCACUUUCCUACAACACACUCACCCGGCUUUGCCUCAUUACGACAUGUCCGAGUGGGACUGGUUGAGGGGAGCCUUGGCGACUGUUGACCGUGAUUAUGGCUGGAUAUUGAAUAAGGUGUUCCAUAAUAUAACCGACACUCACGUGGCCCAUCAUUUGUUCUCGACGAUGCCGCAUUAUAACGCGAUGGAGGCCACUAAGGCUAUUAAGCCCAUAUUGGGGGACUAUUACAGGUAUGAUAGCAAGCCGUUUUUCAGUGCCAUGUGGAGGGAAGCGAGGGAGUGUCUUUAUGUCCAAAAAGACGAGAUUAACAAGGAGAAGGGAGUUUAUUGGUACAAUAACGAGCUUUGAAGAAGAAGAUUAGAAUGUCAAAAUGUCGCAAUUAGAUCGUUUAUCUAUGUGUGGUUGUGUUGUCUAAGUGUGUUGUUUGUUGUGUUGUAUGUCUGCUGUUUACCUUUGAACAAUGUUUCUUAAUGUU